CAUUGGCCAGGCGGCGCGGCGGCGCGUGCUGAUUGGCCGCCCUGCCUCCCGGCCCCGCUUCGGCGCUCGCAGCCACCUCCAUUUUGUCGGUAGAGGCGGAAGGAGGAGGUCGAGUCCGGACGCCGAGGUGGUCAGCAGCUAGCUCGUCGGUGCCCGACUUCUCUCAAGCUUGUGUGCUAGGAGACUCCGAUGUUGGCCUCAGCUCCUAGGCUGAACUCGGCGGAUCGGCCCAUGAAAACUUCUGUAUUGAGACAAAGGAAAGGAUCCGGCAGAAAGCAACAUCUCUUAUCCUGGGCUUGGCAGCAAGGAAGGGGACAGGUGGUGGAAAUCCUGCGAUCCGAAAAGCAGACCGAAAGGUGACAAAGAAGCUGAAGAUGGGUGGUGGAGAGAGGUAUAACAUUCCAGCCCCUCAGUCGAGAAACGUUAGUAAGAACCAGCAACAGCUUAACAGACAGAAGACCAAGGAUCAGAAUUCCCAAAUGAAGAUUGUUCACAAGAAAAAAGAAAGAGGACACACUUACACCUCCUCAGCAGCUGCACGGCAGGCCAUGCAAAAUGGGGGGAAGAACAAAAAUUUUCCAAAUAAUCAAAACUGGAACUCUAGCUUAUCAAGUCCCACUUUACUUUUUAAGUCUCAAACUAAUCAGAACUACGCUGGAGCCAAGUUUAGUGAGCCACCAUCACCAAGUGUUCUUCCUAAACCACCAAGCCACUGGGUUCCAGUUUCCUUUAAUCCUUCUGAUAAGGAAAUAAUGACAUUUCAACUUAAAACCUUACUUAAAGUACAGGUAUAAAAUAAGAUAAAAUACUAAUGUUUAAAUUUAGUUCUAUUUAAGGGUAGUUGUCAGUUGUUUCAGACCAAAUUCACUAGGGAAUUAAUCUGUAAAAUUGCUAAUUAAUGUAGAAAACAUUAGAUUUCAUCUUAACUGUUUUACGUGUAGUGUGCACUGUGAUGUAAUGGUAGUAUCAGUGCAACUUGAAGUAACUAAAUUAUUGAGAAUUGUACUGGAUAUUGUGUUCUCAAUUGAGUAACUCUUAAACCUGUCAAAUUUAGAUUUGGGGAAUGGUAAUCAACUUUUCCUAUGGUCUGCUGGGCACAAAUACUAAUUUAAGAUUAUCAUUCAUGGAUCAGUAGUUUUACUUGUUGGAAGCUAGUGAAUCUGAUUAUAAGCAUCCAGUUAAGACCUACAGGGAUUGGAGUAGUUGAAUAUUUAACAGUUUAAAGUCCUAGAAACACCCAAACCAGGAAUAUGACAACAACCCAAUGCACUGCCAAAAAGAAAAUAUGAGUUUUUCUUAGAGAAUAGUUGCAUUUUUGUAAAACUAUGCUGGUGAAAUGUGGAAAAGGGCACUAGGGGCUAUCUAAUUUAGAUGAGACCAUAUAUCCCAAUGGCCGUUUGUUUCAUGCACUGGGUGUCUGCCAACUAAUGCACCAAAACCAUUUCUUACAGAAACAGUAUUUGGUGGUCAUUGAGUAGCUUUCAAAAUACGUUUUUGUAUUACAGCACUGCAUAAGCUAUUCUGACGGUGAUGUGGUCUCAAAUCAUUCCCUGCAAAGCUUACUUGAAGUGGGGAGCUGUAUAAUGUGAAAGUUUUAAGUACCUUAGGAAAGAGCCAUGUAAAUAUAUGUAAUAAACUUGUAGCAUAUGUAAAGUUUUGUUGGCAUUUAUCCUACAAAAAUAGAAUAUUUUAGUAUGAAUUUGCUGAAUGUAAGACCAUGGACUCUGUUUUUAUACUAUGGCCUGAUUUUAAAGGUCCAAAACAAAUUGUUUUUAAGUUUGCCCUUGUGCUAAAGUGCCAGUGUAUGUAUAAUUGAUCUGGUUGUAAACUAUAUUUCAAAGUAAAUCCUAGUGUAAUAAGUUUUAUAUAACUAAAGGUUUUAAGCUGCUAAAACACUUCCUAUUUUUAAGAGAUGUGAGAUGCAGUAUGGGACUAAUUUUUCUUUCUUAAGCCCAAAGAUUAAACUAUUAAAGGUCCCUCCAACCCUAAAGAUUCAUUCUGGCUUUCAAUAAUUUUUGUAAUCUAUAAUAUGAAUAUAGUUUAGUGUAUGAUGUCAGUAUAUAUUUUGUUACUAGUCCAAGUGCAACCCAGGGGACCAUUAAUGCAAAAGAUGUAAUUUCUUGCAUAAUAUCUUGAUAACGUGUUUUACCUAAAUAUAAAUUAAUCCAACAUUAACUUACACAUCUGACGAGAUCGGGCGCGUUCAGGGUGGUAUGGCCGUAGACAACUUACAAAUCUGUAUGGGAGACUCAAUUUAAAAAUUAAGUGCCCUAUUCUAAUUUGGUGGCUUUUUGACAUUUUAAAGCAGAAUGGCCAAAUUGUAUUUCCCCAGUUAAACUUAGAUUGAGGUGAUAUUGCUCAAGUCAAAUAAUGCUAUCCUAAAGUUUACAUAGUACUUCAUGUACAUUUGUGAAUUUCAAGCAUGAAAUUAAAAAAUAAAAUUGCCUCUUCCCCCCCCAGUGGCCUGUUUGUAUUUUAUAAAAGAUUGUUAUGACUAUCUUUACUAUUUUAGAAUGCACAUAAUUAACUGAACUGAAAAAUGAAAGUACUGUUGUUUAAGAGGUAACCAAUUUGCUGAUAAAGACAUUUGGGUCAGUUCUACAACAGCUCCCCACCCAAGUAGGCUUAACAGUAAAAGGCCACAGAACACUUUAGAAACUAAGCUUCUGAUUCAUUGGCAAGUCAAAUAAAGCAGGUUCAAUCA